AUGCGGUCCCAAGCUGCAACUAUCACAUGUAUAUACAAUAUUGUAUUUAACCUACAUGCAAGGGGGGUAAAGGCUUCCCCAGCCUUUUACCCCCCCAUUGAUAAAUACAGCUUCAUACAGCGUACUUCAGCGGACUGGGAGUGUAAGGCAAAACCUGACUAUUGCGAGAUCACUCGCGAACUCAACCUAAACAACGCUUACACUUUUUUACGCUCAUUCCUGACUUUUUGUUACCAUCAUGGUAAAGAAAGCUUCGGGUUUGCCCUCUGCAAAGAGGACGAGGGCAGCUGCAUGAACAACAUGCAGACUUUGGAUAGCGCUGGGGUUCCCAGCAUUAACACGCCUGAUAUCCCUCCCGAUCCAGGAGAGACAGACGACCCCAACACAUCUCCAGGUCCACCAGGAGACCUGGAUGCGCCGGGCCCUUCCCAAUCCAUGACCAUGGUUGUACCUGCCGUGGUCGCACCUCUUCCCCUUGAGGAAGACCCACCCGACGCACCAGUUGGACCUGAUCUGUUCGCUGAUGUGCCUGGUUCCCCUGAUCCUCUCAGAUUGGGUGAAGCGUUAGGGCUUGGUGAUGGCCCUGACAACUCAGUUGAGGUCGUCGACGUGGGUGGCACCAAACCACGAGCAAAAACUCCUGGAUCGUCGAACGAUCAGCAUGAUGAAUUGAUGAUGAUGCUAAGAAGCAUUGAUCAAUGGCUGACUUGCCAUGACGAGGCUAUAGAGGACUUACAGGCUUGGAUUUAUCGCCCUAGCCCUGGAUUGGCUGGAAGCCAAAUCCCUCUAAACUCACCCCAGUUUGAGGCAACAAGUGUGCCUCCACCUGUACCAGUCAGGGGACGGGACAGAGAACCCAUCCAGCGACGAAACUCGCUGGUGGAUGAAGUCUCCGCUGACAAAGACUACGUCAGGACGACCACCUACCUCCCUGUGCCCGGGCAUCCCAGUUCGAUUCCUGCACCUGAAGCGCCCGUCAUUUUGGAAAGUUCGACAGACAAAGGGGAGACUGAUCGCGAUCCGUCAUUGACCCGGAACCUACAUCACGGUUCCGGGCCUGCCCUCGUCAUGAACACACAGGGCGAAAUAAAGAAAAAGCAAAGAACCAUCUUUGCUCCCCAUGCACCUAGUGAGAUGUCUGUGGAGUAUGGGACACAGAUGGACGGCGAUGCCGUCUACAUGCACAGACCUGAAGGUCUGGACAAUCAUGCCUGGGAGAUCAGACGACCCACAAAGUGGGGCCCUUGA